AAGCGCCUAGACCAAAAUUAAAGAUCCAAAUGUUCAUUUCAAAAUUCAAUCGACCAAACCGUUGUUAAAAGAGCAGGGAAAAAGGUGAUGGAAAUCGAAGGAGCAAAUGGUUCAAAAUUGGCGCUAAAGUAUGGUUUCAAGACCGUAUUCGGAAGAGGCUCAGGGUUCAACACCAGCGACCGGACCGUGUCUCGCCAUCACGUUUUACUUGAGCUCGGAACUCCGGUAGACAAAAAAGGCGAGACCCAAAAGGAGCCUAGGGUUUCAUUCGAAGUUACAGGCAAGAACCCGGUUUGGGUACGUAGCAGAAAAAACGGAGCGAUUAAGGUUUUUAAAAAUUCCGACAAAGAUGAGCUGGCAGAUGGCGAUUGGCUCUGCGUUUCGAGUCGAAUCCCUGUUUGGUUUGUCUUGAAGAAGAGUGAAGAAAAUGGAAAAGAAGAAGAAGGAGAUUUAGGGAGUGAGAGUGGAGCAGAGAUUGUUGAUAUAGAAGAUAUUGACCCUGUUAAAGAAUUUGGCUUUCUCGUAAUGGGGCAUGAGUUUGAUCAAUAUCCGAAUGAAAGCAUCCGUAAUAUAAAGAAUUGGGACUGGUUCCUUGAGGAAUCCGGAAAAGAUAGUGAGGAUGAUGAUGAAGCUGGUGGAGAAAGGAGGAGGGGACGUAAGGGGAGCAAGAGAAGGAAAGGAGACAAUGAUGACGACUGGACUGGUGAGAGUGAGGAUGAUAAGGAUGUUAACGCGAAAGGAAGAAAGGUUCAGAGAGCAGUUUAUUCUACGAGAUCAAAGGAACGUGACAAAUCAAAGAAGGAUAGUGGUGGAAAAAAUAGAAGUUCUGUGCGGAAGAAAUCUGUUUCUGCAGGGGAAGGAAACGGUGCAGAUGAAGAUGAUGAAACACUUGGAGGGUUUAUUGUGGAGGAUGAUGAUGCAGAAUUAGAAGAAGAAAGCGAAUUGGAUGAAGAAGAGGAGGAAGAUUUUGAUGAUGAAGAUGAGGACAACGAGGAUGAUGAGUAAGUAGACAGCUUUCCCAUUUAACCUGUUUUAACUAGCAUGACAUCCAAGUUAAGAGUGGCUGUCUUGUCUGCAAACAUGGGGUGAAGAACAAUGAGUAUGCAACAAGUGUUGUAGUUUA